AGGGGAAUUACUUGGUCCUUUUGCACUGUAAGAUCCCUGGUCCUGGAGUAUCCACCAGUAUCUCUGAUUUUGUUUCGUAUAAAAUAGGCCAUGAAAGUCAGAAAUGCAACAGUCUCGUGAGUUUAUUGUCAGAGUACCACACAAAUUGAAAAGAUGCAGUCCCUGUACAUUUUUGCUGGCAUUCUGGUGGCUGUUGCAGCGCAAGAAUAUAUUCAGCCAUACAUUAUGGUCGACAGAUAUCCUGACUGGUAUAUAUCUCGAUCUCAAAAUGAACAUUUAAGACUUCGUCGACAACUAUCUGUUAAUAAGAAUGGCGAUGUAACGUUGGCACACGGCUCUCCUAAUGAUAAAGUCUUUGGCACCUUGGGUUCGAGGGGCGAAUCUGCUUUCGGUAAGCUCGGAUAUCAGCAUAACUUCAUCAACGACAACCGCGGUAAACUAACAGGCACGGCGUACGGUAGUCGGGUGUUGAGCCCGUAUGGGAACAGCAAUCACCUCGGCGGGCGCGUCGACUGGGCAAGCAAACACACUUCCGCUUCACUAGACGUUAGCAAGCAGAUGCACGGUCCUACAGCGAUUCAAGCCGCCGCUGGCGGGAGAUGGCCAGUCGGCAGAAAUGGCGAAAUAUCUGCACAAGGCACCUACGAUCGUAUCGGACGUAUGCAGGACUAUGGCGGUAGAUUGGGAUACACUUACCGCUUCUAAGUCGAUAUUUCUUUUUAUUUUUGACGUUUGAUAGAUUUUUUAAGUCAACUGACAUGUGAGUAGGUGUUUUUAUAUUUUUAUUACGAGUUCUAACAACGUAUUUUGAAAUCUGUGCUUAGUGCAUAUGUAAAAAGACAAGUUUACAUUUGUAUUAAGAAUGCAUUUUAGAAUUAAAAAUUAUGAAAGAUACGUAUUAACUGUAUAAAAGAUACUAAUCUUCUUGAAUAAGGUAUUACUUAAGUUUAAUUAAUACUUAAAUAUAUAUAGACAUUCUAAUUAAAAUACUACAUUACAUGUCAUUUGUAAAUAAAUGUUGUAUAUAAAAAUAAAUAAAUAA